AGGAUGAUCAUAAAAUCGCUUCAGUAUCUUUAGGCGCUGAAAGGGCUUUUCGCACGACAAAGCAAACAUAUAAAACCUUAUAUAAACUAGAAACAUCUAUUUUUAAGAAUUUUUGCCAGUCACGAAAACCUCGAUAACUCCCAUUAUCGUUCGUGUUCGCCUACCAUAUGAAACCACGAAGGUCGAACACCAAAUAACAGGCCACCAAACUAUUUGAAUAGACACGUCAUUCCAAACAUCACCAUAGCAACGGUCACCUAGCAACCACAUAUGAUUAAAUCCACACACGGCAGACAGAUGACAAAUCCGCCAAAACAUACAGGUCUAUUAAUAUCCUAAUUUUGUGCAAAUAACGUAAAGAUGUCGAGUGUAAUGCAGUCCGCCGUCCGUAGCAGUGUAAUGAGUCAAAAUUCAAGGUCCAUCAGUGGCCUAGUACCUGACAUGGACGUCCUAAGCGAUGCUGAACUUGUCAAGUUAGUUACUGAACUCAAAGACAGCCUCAACGUACUAGUACUGGAAAAUGAAAUUUUAGAAAAAACUAUUAUGAGACUGGAGCCUUCAUUGAUGCAUGGAGUCUACCAAGCCUUAGAAUAUGCCACAAGAAUGAGCUCAAACACUUCGCUGAACGUUGGAAGUUACAUCAAAACGCAACCAUCCAAAUUCGGUAUCCAAGAAACAUUCCUAAGCCCCUCUAGAAUGCUGACAAGCCCUUCAAGAGUCUCCACUAAGAGAGUGGAAUCUAUUGCUAAACUUGGCACCACCAUCAUAUUGGGCUCCGGGCCAAGAAUUAACGUUCUAGAAAGAUCGGAACUAGUGUCCACCGAAAUGGAGGUUCUAGUCACAAAUCUAAACAAAAUAAGGAAGAAAGGUGCAAAACAACAUGCUCUCUUAAAAGCACAGCUCGAAGAAAUCGGUUUGAGAGUCAGCGAAAUCGACAAGGCGAGCAAUCUGUUCCACCAAGAAGUUUUAGUUGAAGGCUGGGACAAAAUAGCUCAGCGGAUCCCAGCCGAAAUCUGGAUCCGAUUCAUGACUGAAUGGGUGAAGAUAUCAGACAGUCAGAUAGGUAAACUAAGGCUAAGAACCAGCACUUUGAACACUCAAUUUACUAAACUAAAGGGACAAAUCAAGGUCAAGGCGGAAUUAAGCGAAAGUCUCAGACCAGUUGACUUCGAGAAGUUGAAAAUUGAAAAUGGAGAAUGUGUGAAACUCAUAGACCAUAAGUUGCAACAACUGGGAGAGCUAAAAAAGCUGACUGGAGACGCGAAUUUGAACCUAACGAUCCAUAAGAAGGCGAUGAUGGAGCAGAACCACUAUUUGAACAAAGUGCUGACUACGAUUAAGAAUAAGGCGCAGUCAACAGUACAACUGGACAAAGAGAGAGAUUUGAUACAGGUUCAAGCGGAUUUGCUGGCUCAGAGGUUGAAUGAAGUUAGAAAGGUGAGGCUGAAGUACGAAGUACCGAAUAUAAUGGAGUAUGUCCAAGUGAAAUGGGUGGUGACUGACUUGAAACACGGUAUAAAAAUGCUGGAAAAUAGAAAGCACAUACAGCAGAUAGCCUUACAGUCGAUAAACAGGAAACUGCAGACUAUAAGCGAGAUGGUAGCUCAGAGUGAAGAAUUAGAGAAUACUCAGAGUUCUUCUGAUACUACCACCACUAACACCACAUCCAGUUCAUCGUAAUAUGAUGGUUUAGAGUAUUGUUGGCUUGUAUCUCCACAAAAAUUCAUAGAGCCUUUAUACUAAACCAGCGCCUCUAGUGACAAGCAAAAUGUCAUUUGCAAAUUAAUUAACUGCUGCAGAAAUUAUCUUCUAUGUCUAAUCUGGUGGAAGGCGAUUACUAUACCCUAAGCAACAAUAGAGUCAUCACGUCAUCAGUACUUUGCCCCACUAAGGGAAUAUUCAUCUGAACAUGAUUUAAACAGAGGUAAAUUAAGACUGACUCGUUGGCCGAGUGGUCGCAAGUGCGACUGCCGGGCAAGGGGUCU